CCUGGGAGGGCCAGACUGUGCGUCAUGUGCUGGAUGUUCCAUCAUACUCUUACCCGUGACAGACACUGUGACAAAUCAAAGGCUCUUCUCAUGGCCAAAGCCCGCAUUGUCCUCAGUAACUUCUAUUUUCUGGGCCUGAAGUAUUUUCUCCUCAGCAAUAUGUGCUGUUGAGACUCAGGUGGUUGGGGUGGGGGGUUUAAGUUCCUUCACAGUUGCCAAAGCCAGAGGGUGAGGGGAAGACUCAUGUGGGAAAAAGAAACAGUGACUCAUUGUGGAUUCUCCUUGGUAGUCUCUGAGGAGCAGAAGGCAGUGGGACCCGAUCCAGGCCCUCCCACUUCCCAAGCAGGUGCCACCACCUCAGGUGAUGGUCCUGUGAGGUGGGUGACGAUGAGUUGCGCCUCUGCCCGUGUCUGCAGAAUUAUGUUCAAUGAUGGCUGAAACGAAUGUGGCUGGGAAAUUUAUAUGAAGUUCCUCACAUCUUCAUUGACUCCUUUACUAAUGGAGGAGUGUCAGGAUUAUGCCAUUAGACCCUAGACCAGAGGGACCAGAGGGACCUCAGUUCAGAGCCUGCCUCUCCUCAUACCACAUGUGAACUGUGGAUAAACUACUGAAGCCCCCUGGACCUCAGGGCCCUGACUGGCAGGAACGUGGUAAUGAUACUGACUUCACAGGCUGUGGCUAGUCACCCCAGUGUUUCUUUUACAAAGAUUUUUUUCUUUAAUUCUCAUACUCUUACUGCUGGGUGAGAUUUACUGUAUUAAUCCAGAAAUUGAGGCUCAGAGAAAUGACGUGAGGCUCCUAAGUGCGCAUGCAGGCAAGUGUUGAUUCUAAGACGUGGGUUUCAAACCUCAGGAUUAUGGCUUCAGAGCUGGGGACGUUCACAUUAGCAGGACAGGAAGCGCAUCGGCACGAGUCAGGUGUGCAGUGAAGAUCGAUGCCUGUGACCUUCGAUGAUGUGGCGGUGACUUUUACCCGGGAGGAGUGGAGACAGCUGGACCCGGCCCAGAGGACCCUGUACCAGGAAGUGAUGCUGGAGACGUGUGGGCUCCUGGUCUCUCUGGGCUGCCCUUUGCCCAAACCAGAGCUGAUCUGCGCCUUGGAUCACAGCCCAGAGUUACGGACAUUGAAGAGAGGCCUCUCCCCUAACUCCUGCCCAGGUGACACCACAAAACCUGAGACCCCAGAGCUUUCCCUUUCUCACCUUGCCUUGUCUGAGGAAGUCUCACCACAGGAACAACAGGCUCAGCAGGCUCUGGGGGGCUCCCAGUUGGGGCAAGGCAUGAGUCAGGAUUGGCCAUCGGAAAUGCUGGAAGGCCAGUUGAAACCAGGGAUAGACCCCCAAACGAAGAAGCUCCUUGGGAACAUGAAGCCUAAACAUGAUGGUUUAGGGACAGAUGAUGGUCUACACUCAAGGACUGUACAGCAGCCGAUCCCUGCAGGACAUGUUCUCCACGGUUAUGACUCACAGGGACUACUGAAAGAUCCCUUGAUUCACGAAGGGAAACGUCCCUAUCAGUGUGAGGAACGACAAAAAGUGUUUACCAAGAAUUGCUUUCUUGUGCGACGUGAGCAGAUUUCCACUGGAGCAAAACCCUAUGAAUGCAUCGAGUGUGGGAAGACUUUUAGCAAGAGCACACACCUCCUGCAGCACCGCAUGAUCCACACGGGGGAGCGGCCCUACGAGUGCAUGGAGUGCAGGAAGGCCUUCAACCGCAGGUCACACCUCACGAGGCACCAGCGGAUUCACACUGGAGAGAAGCCUUAUAAGUGCAGUGAAUGUGGGAAGGCCUUCACCCACCGCUCCAAUCUAGUCUUGCAUAACAGGAGCCACACUGGAGAAAAGCCCUUUGUGUGCAAAGAAUGUGGGAAAGCCUUCCGUGAUAACACAGGUUUCCUUCGGCACUACAUCAUCCACACGGGAGAGAAGCCCUUUGAGUGCAUGGAGUGCGGGAAGGCCUUCAACCGCAGGUCACACCUCACGUGGCACCAGCAGAUUCACACCGGAGUGAGACCCUUUGAAUGCAAUGAAUGUGGGAAAGCCUUUUGCGACAGCACGGACCUCAUUCAGCACUACGUCAUCCACACAGGAGAGAAGCCAUACAAGUGCCUCGAGUGUGGGAAGGCCUUCUACCGCCGGUCACACCUCAAGCAGCACCAGCGGAGUCACACUGGGGAGAAGCCCUAUGUGUGCGGUGAGUGUGGAAAGGCCUUCACCCACUGCUCUACUUUCAUCUUGCACAAAAAGGCCCACACUGGAGAAAAACCCUACGAGUGCAAGGAAUGUGGGAAAGCCUUUAGCAAUCGAUCAGACCUCAUCCGACACUUCAGCAUCCACACUGAGGAGAAACCCUAUGAGUGCAUGGAGUGCGGGAAGGCCUUCAACCGUCGGUCAUACCUCAUGAGACACCAGCGGAUUCACAGUGGAGAGAAGCCCUAUGAAUGCGUGGAGUGUGGUAAAGCCUUUUGCCAGAGGGCAAACCUCAUUCGACAUGCUAUCAUCCACACUGGGGAGAAGCCCUAUGAGUGCAACGAGUGUGGAAAGGCCUUUACGUACUGCUACACUUUUAUCUUGCAUAAAAGGGCUCACAUUGGAGAAAAACCUUUUGAGUGUAAAGAAUGUGGGAGAGCCUUCAGCACUAAGAAAGACCUCAUUCGACACAUCAGCAUCCAUGCUGGAGAGAAGCCCUAUGAGUGCACGGAGUGCGGGAAGGCCUUCAACCGCCGGUCAGGGCUCACGAGGCACCAGCGGAUUCACAGUGGAGAGAAGCCCUAUGAAUGCAUGGAGUGUGGGAAAUCCUUCUGCUGGAGCACCAACCUCAUCCGACACUCCGUUAUCCACACUGGAGAGAAGCCCUAUGAGUGCAGUGAGUGUGGGAAAGCCUUCAGUCGCAGCUCGUCCCUCACUCAGCAUCAGAGGAUUCAUACUGGGAGAAACCCUGUCCGUGUAACCGAAGUGGGAAGACCCUUCACGAGCGGGCAGUCCUUAGUCAACCACCAAGAGCUCCUGUUGGGGAAAGACUUCUUGAAUGUAACCACUGAGGAAGCUUCUUACUCAGAAUCUGAUCGUUCAUACCAAAGAGAACCCCCUCAGUUUCCUUCCCGAUGAGAAACCCUCUGUUGCAGGACAUCAUUUGUCAUCUGAGGAGUCAGACUGGAAACUUACCCCAUCUGGACCCUUAUCCUGCAUCUGAGAAUUCAUCCAGGAGUGUGAUCCAAUCAUUCUCAUGCACUUAGUGUAACCAUCAGCCACAUCUUUCUCCUCAGUUUACACUGAAAAAUUAUCUCAGGGAUAUUUAAACAAAGGAGGAAAAGACAUAAAAGAGAAAGAAAUACAAGCGUGGCUUCUUUCAGACUUCUGUUACAAGCCUAUGGCAGUUUGUUUUUCCUUAUCUCAUUUGGGAAAGGGGAGGAUGUUGUUUCAGAGUUCACAGAGCCUUGUCGCCUCUUUCUUAUGUAUGUUUCCACUGCUGUCCAUUGUCAGGACAGUUGAACAUUUAA